AUGCUCUCUCCAUCACCUCUGUCCAACCGCUCUUGGCUGGACAAAGCCCGUCAUCUUCCGGCAUGGGGACUGACAUGGACGCUCCUGUACAGCGGGUUCCUGGGCUCCCUCCUCCACAUCAUUGGCGGGUAUGACUCCGGCAUCACCGGCGGCGUGUUCAGCUCCACCACUUUCCUGGAGAAGUUCUACCCCGAACUGCUGACAACCACCACCAGCCCGACGGUGACGCCCUACUGCAAGUACGCCAACGAUACGCUCAACCUAUACACUGCGCUGUUCUACCCCGGGGUGCUGGUUGGGGCCAUCGCCUCCUCCUUCACCAGCCGAUGGUACGGGCGGCUGUCCUCCCUGCGCUGCUGCGCGGUGCUGACCAUCGUCGCCGCGGUGGUGCAGGUGACCGCGCCCAACCGCGCCGCAAUCCUGGCGGGCCGUGUCUUGCUCGGCUUCGGCGACGGCUUCAACGAGCACGUGUCGGCCAUCUACCUGGCGGAGAUCGCGCCGGCCCAGCUGCGCGGCAAGUUCAUCUCCGGCACCAUCUUCUUCGGCGGCUUUGGCGUUUUCGUGGCCCAGGUCAUCAACUACGGCGUGCGCGACCUGGGGAACAACUGGCAGUGGGCGCUGGGCCUGGUCAUGGUCCCCGCCGGCAUCCUGCUGGCCGGGUCGCUGUUCAUGCCGGAGUCGCCCUCGGCGCUGAACAGCCUGGGACGGCGCGAGGACGCGCUGCGCGCGCUGCGCCGCCUGCGCGGCCGCGAGGACGUCGGCGCCGAGCUGGACGACAUCUCCUGGGCGGCGGGGCGGGCACCCACGCUGCGCGCCGCCUGGCACGCCGUGCUGACGCAGCGGCGCUAUGUCCCCCCCCUGGUCAUCGUCCUCCUGGGCGUCACCUUCAACUGGUGGAGCGGGAACUCGGCCGCCACCUUCUAUGCUCCCAACGUCUUCACCAUCCUGGGGUUUGGGCACAGCACCGCGCUCAUCAAUGCCGUGGUCAUCGGCUGCUCCAAGAUCGCGGGCGUGCUCAUGGGCAUGCUCCUCCUGGACCGCUUCAAGCGCCGGUCGGUCCUCUUCUGGGGCUGCGGCGUCAUGAUCGCAGCCCAGGUCACCUCCGCCAUCCUGUUCAACCAGUUCCUGGCCGACGUCCCCGGGGCGGUGGCCACCAACGCGCAGGGCAUUGGCAUCCUGGUCACCAUGGUCGUCUACGAGCUGGCCUUCAUGGGCACCCAGAACACCACGGUGACGGUGUUCAUGGGCGAGUUCCCGCCCCUGGAGAUCCGGCCCGUGGUCUGGGUGCUCAUCACCCUCCUCACCGCCACCUGGGGGACGGUGUCCACCUACACCUUCCUCCUCAUGCUCUGCGCCAUGAAGUGGGGGCUCUACCUCUUCUCCGCCGGCGUGGCGGGGCUGCUCCUCCUCUACACCAUCUUCCUGGUGCCGGAGACCUCCCACGUGCCCGUGGAGCGCCUGCAGGCCGUCUUCUACACCCACUGGCUCUGGAAGCGCUUCAUGCCCGUGGGGGACGAGGAGCGCGGACCCCUCGCCCCGGGGGACCCGCCGCCGACGGCCAUCGACGGAGGGAAGGGCAGCGACGCCGACAACAAGUCGGACUACACCAUCCUCUUUGCGAUCGUGUUUGCCGAGACGGGACUUGUGAUAGCCCCUUUCCUGCCAGGCGACUCCCUCCUCUUUGCCACGGGCGCACUGGCAGCGAGCGACAAACUGAACAUCUACCUUCUACUUCUCACCUACAUGGCAGCUGCUGUGCUGGGUGACCUUGUGAGUUACACAGCUGGAAAGUACCUGGGCGCUCAUGUGCAGCAGUCCAGGCUGGUAAAGAAGGAGCACCUCGUGAAGACACAGCACUUCUUUGCCAAGCACGGCGGAAGAGCAGUGGUGCUGGGCCGUUUCCUCCCCAUUGUUCGAACGUUUGCCCCAUUCGUAGCGGGGAUGAGCGCCAUGCCAGGGUCUGCCUUUGCUUACUUCAACGUCCUGGGAGCUGCCCUCUGGACCUGCCUGUGCUGCGGUGGGGGGUACGUCUUUGGAAACGUGCCCCUUGUGCGGAACAACUUCUCCCUGGUCAUGCUGGCGAUCGUGGUGCUUUCCAUCCUCCCUGCUGCGUAUGAGGUGCUGACGACGCGUGGCGUGCGCCAGCGUAAGCUGCGCCUGGCAGGGCCAGGGACGCUGACUGGCCAGUUUGGCGUGCUGGCAAUCUGCCCCGACGCCGAGCGAGCACAGACAUGCACCCCCGAGGAGAUUCAGGAGGUGAGCGCCAGGGAGCUGGAGGAUGCGGUGCAGAGCAGGGCCAAACCGCUCAUCAUCGACUUUUAUGCCACCUGGUGCGGACCCUGCGUCCUCCAGUCCAAGGAGCUCGUCAAGGUGGCAGAGCGGCUAGGGGACAGUGUGCGGAUCCUCAAGAUUGACACAGACGAGAACCCUGACAUCAGCAACCAGCUGCAGAUCAUGGGCCUGCCCACCGUCAUCAUCGUCCCCACCGACACCUCCAAGCCUGCCCUGCGGACAGAGGGGCUGCUGUCUGCCGACAAGAUCGUGAGCCUGGUGACGUCCGAGAACGGCCCCGCCGCAGUGACGACCUUUGACGCGGGUGCCAAGGGCCUCUACUGA